CGUCGCCGUAAAAUGCGUUGCCCGUCCUGACUUCCCGCGCCGGCGACGCUCGAGCAAGGAAGCGGGAGUGGGCGCCGGCGGCCACUCGGCACCGUAUCAAGAUGAUGCAACUACAGAAGAGGUCAACUUUUAGCCUUAUUUUUCAAGCGGGAAAAGAGAGAGAUAGCAACCUAAUGCAUUGAUUGAUGGGUUUCUUCAUUCCCUCAUUUUCUCCCAAUUGACUUAGCCUGUCGUAGACCCUUAUCCUCUUCCCAGGAUUCCUUAAACAAGUCUGUGACAAGGGCAAAUGUUGAUUUUGGUUCCAGGAGUGAGACCAUUAUGCAUGGUGAAGUUGCCUAGAAGUUCAGCUGAUCUGGUUUGUGAUAGUAUGCAACUCACUCCAGGAAUCUUCCUAUAAGAAUAGAUUGCCAUUUCCUAAAAAAAAGUGGAGUCGGUUGGAAGAAAGGUAACCUCCUCGUAUGAUUGGUUGACACUUGGUGCAGAAUGCAGUUUUUGCCAAUCCACAUUCUCUUAUUCCUAGAAACAAUACUGGUAGUCAGGCACACCAAUGGAAUCAGUUCAAGCGAGGGUGACAUGCAUGAACCAGUUCUGGUACAAAGGUUGGACCUCGUCACAAGGAUAAUCAAGUUUAGACACCGUUCACAUGGUUGACCGAUACUCGAAGUUCAUGAAUUCCACUUCUAUAUACAUUGCUGCUUUGCAAUGACCAGCCUCUUCCCAUACCACUUGACAUCCCCUUCUCCCGAAUCCCAAAGCCUCACACACAGUCCAUAAGGCUAUUUAGAUUGCUUGAUUGUGGGAAAGAAGACCCUGCAACAAAUGGAGGGGGUGAUAGCGGUUGCCAUGACAGGAGCGAUGUCAUCACUCCUAAGCAAGCUCGCGGCCUUGCUGGAGAAGAAGUACAGGCUGUCCAAAGAUGCGAAGAAGGAGAUCAUCUCUUUGAAAGAUGAGAUGAGCUCUAUGAAUGCUCUGCUCCUGAAGCUGUCUAGGUUCGACGAGCUCGAUGAGCAACAGAAGGACUGGCGUGACAAGGUCCGUGAGCUAUCUUAUGGUAUGGAAGACUGCAUCGACAUAUUCAUGAAUGAUCUUGAUAGUGCUGAUGCCAAGGAUGGGCUUUUGGGUGAACUAAAGAAGCUCAAGGCUCACUACAAGAUUGCUAACAGAAUUGAAGAACUCAAGGCUCAGGUCUUGGAAGCAAGCGAUCGUCACAAUAGAUAUAAGCUUGAUGAGCAUGUUGGUUCUUCUCGGGGCCCUGAAGCUAUUGACCCUCGUGUACAGGCACUCUACACCGAGGCCAGUAGCCUUGUAGGUAUAGAUCGCCCAAAGGUCAAGCUUAUCGAGUUGCUGAGGAUGGAGGAGAAUGCACCACAACUUCAUGUGGUAUCAGUUGUUGGAUUUGGAGGCAUGGGCAAGACAACGCUUGCCAAACAAGUUCAUGAUAAGAUCAAAAGCCAAUUUGAUUGCACAGCCUUUGUAUCGGUGGCUCAAAAUCCCAGUCUUAUCAAGGUAUUGUCAGAUAUACUCUCUGGAGUUUGGGGGCAGGUGCCUUCUUUCCUGAAUGAAGAGCGCCAACUGAUCGACAAACUUAGGGAAGUUCUCCAAAACAAAAGGUACCUCAUCGUCAUUGAUGAUAUAUGGACAAUGGAAGCCUGGAACAUUAUCAAAUGUUCUUUGAUGGAGAAUAAUAAUGGCAGUAGAGUUAUAACAACUACACGUAUUGAAGAUGUAGCUCAGGCAUGUUCUUGUUCACAUGGCCAUGUUUACAAGCUCAAACCUCUUAAUGAUCUUGACUCAAGGAGAUUAUUCCAUGGAAGGAUUUUCCCCUCUGAAGAUGCUUGUCCUGAGAAACUAAUGAAUGUUUCUGAUGAAAUUCUAAAGAAAUGUCAAGGGGUUCCACUAGCCAUACUGACUGUAGCCAGCCUUUUGGCUAAUCAUAAGGAGGUAAAUUCAAAGGAUUUCUGGGAAAUGAUACAAAACUAUUUAAGUUUACAGUUGGAAGGAAACCCUGCUUUUCAAUGGAUGAGACAUGUCCUUAAUCUUGGAUACAGUUAUUUAUCUCUGGAUCUCAAGACCUGCAUGCUAUAUCUUGGUAUAUUUCCUGAAGAUUCUGAAAUAAGAAAGGAUGAUUUGGUUAAGAGAUGGGUCGCCGAGGGUUUUGUUGGCCUAGAGGAGAUGGCAGAAAGUUAUUUUAGUGAGCUCAUCAAUAAAAACAUGAUCCAAAUAGCCAGGUUUGAUGACUGUGGGAAUGUGCUGUCUUGUCGAGUGCAUGAUCUAAUGCUUGACUUUAUCAUACUGAAGUCCACAGAAGAAAACUUUAUCACUGUAAUUAAGGAAUCCCCUAUUAUUCGUGAUCCACAUACCAGGAAAUGCUCCAUGGAAGUUCGCCGACUAUCCCUCCAAGUCAGAAAUUCAGAAUGCAAUCAUGUGGUAGGGAGCAUUGCUUUAGCCCAAGUUAGGUCAUUUAACUUUUGGGGCCCUGGUCAAUGUAUGCCUUCUCUCUCGAGGUUUCAACUCGUGCGAGUUCUACAUCUUGAUGUUUAUGAUACCAAGGAAGAGCAGUAUGAUCUAUCUUCUAUAUGCAAUUUGUUCCUACUGAGAUAUUUGAGGAUUGGAGGUUUGAAGUGUGAGAAACUCCUAAAACAAUUGCAAAAAUUGAAACAUCUGAAGAUAUUGGAGAUCGUCGGUGGAGAAAAUGGUGCAUGGCUGGAUGUUCGCUACUUACCCUCAAUGUUGUGGCAUCUCAUCAUUCCUUCAGAUCUGUCUUUGUUUGGUGGGAUCGGCAGGAUGGAAGCCCUCCGUACUUUGCAUGAACUUCGCAUCACAGAUUUUGGGCUCCUGGAUGAAUUCAAUCUGAGGACAAAAGUUGAUCUGAAGACAAAUCUGGAGAUCCUGAAGGAACUCGGUAAUCUGAAGAACUUGAGAGAGCUAAAGCUUCACCUGUCCGGACUCACUAACGCUUUUGAAGACUGUCUACUCCCUUCGCUCUGUAGGCUCAGCAGCCUUCAAUCCCUAACCACUAGUGGAGACCACUUAAAUGGUGAUUGCUUGGCUUAUUGGACCCCACCUCCACGCCAUCUUUAUAGAUUGCACGUGCUGAACUGCCCCUUCUCCAUGGUCCCAGAUUGGAUUGUGCGACUUGAAAAUCUCAAAAGCUUGGAGAUGCAACUUGUGUCACUGCCGAGGAUUGGUGUUGAGGUUCUCUCCAGUCUGACCUCACUGGUGCACCUUACAUUGCGUGUUAGGGAUCAUGCUCCCGAAGAAGACGUCGUCGUUAUCCGUGGUUCAACGUUCCCAAACCUCAAGAAUCUUGUCUUCACAUAUGAAGUGCCUUGCCUGGUGUUCGAGGCAGGGGCUAUGCCAAGGCUCGAGGACCUCACUAUAGAGUGUUGCGCAGAAGCUGUGCAGCACGCCGAUGGUGUUCUUGAUGGCAUCGAGCACCUGGGAAGUCUCAAGGCAUGCAAGGUGAACAUUUACAAGCGGGCCGGGCUCUUUAGGCAAAGUUGUUUUCAUAUGAUGGUAUGCAGUUCAUGUGGAAUGGAAGAAAAGGAUCCACACAUGCAGGGGCAGAGUCUUCAGGCUGCGAUCAGGGAGGCGAUCAACAAGCACCCGGGUAAUCCCAAUAUCAGCAUUAUAACUUUUUGAUAGUGCGAUCAAGUGAAGGAGAUGGGAGGAAGCACCCAAGUCAAAAAGGUGUUUGUUCUUGUGUAUCAAAUGGUUGCGAUGUGAGCAGAUGAAAGCUAGGGCCAAGCGAUUGGAGUGUUGGGGCUUUACUACAACGCCUCAGUACAAGGAGCAAAUGGAAGCUAGGGCCAAGCGAUUAGGGUGGCUUAUGAGGGAGUUUAUGUCCCAAUUUGAAAUGUCUCCAAAAGAAUGUCCCAAUUUGAAUGAUGAGCCUGUAAUUUUUUCCCAUGCUAAGUUGAUAUGGUGUGUUUAUUUUGUUUUGAGCUUGUAAUCCUUGUAGCUAUGACACGCUAAUAAACAUUGGGUUGUGUGCAUUCGCAAUAUAGAGGCUGGAGGCAAUAUAUAUUUUAUUUUCUAAAGAAAAA